AUGGCUGCAGGAAGUAGUAGUAGCACAAGAAUUGCUCGACCAGGAACACCGAGAAGCCUAAGCUCAGGCCUAACUCGGACCAAUCUUCAAAACUCUGGGCCUAAUUUGGUAAGCGUAAAACCAAGUGGUACAGUGACAUUUGAAGCUUUGUACAUCAAUCAUGCUCCCGGUGUCCAAAAGAUUCACAUAGUAAACAUUUCAGAAGAGCAACAAGUGUUGCUACGACUAAGCAGCACCUUAGGAAGAGCACUGGCAUUCCUCAAGCCGAAAAGAUCUCAAAUGGAGACCAGGGAACCGAUCACUUAUCCCACCAACACAGCAAAAUGGGCAAGUGAAAAAGGGCUGCAUCCUUCCAGAUUACGGGAUUUACGACAUCUGGUUUCAAACUUGGAACCUGCCGAAUCCCUCAUCCUUGAGCCAAAGCAAGGUCUGGAUAUCUUUCUUACUUUCCGACCUGUCGAAUUAGAGAAGAACGUUAGCUUGUUGGCACCUCCAAGAUCUCCCACGCCAGGUCAUAGCGAAGAAGUGCAUGGUACACAGUCAACAGUCAUGGGAGCUCCCGUGAGUAACAUCACAAACCCAUUGGAUUCUGCUGCAUCCUCCCAGUCCUCAACUUCUGGUCUACAUGGCUCUUCUAAUGCAUCUCCACAGUCUGCACCAGAUAUAGCCCAAACAGUUCCGGUGGAUGUUCAACAUCAAUUUAUCCACAUGGCAGAAGUCCUUGGUUCAGUAACGAUCCGUGCUUCGCCUUUGGCAACAUCAACUGGUGAAGAGACGUUGAAUGCAAACGCAUUUUUAUCCUCCAAUGCAAGCAACUUCUCAUCCAAUUCAUCUUCACGUCCACCCUCAUUUUACAGUUCUCACAUCUCUUCUGCAACAUCGGCACCUACUUCUGACGGUUUGGCGGUGGGCGAUGAGAUUCAGGUGAUCCAAAUACCCUUUUAUGCCAGUUCUUGUCGCCCGCAACUAUCUGUCACUAGGCACAGACAUCACGGUAGAUCGGUUCAUCAAAGUGCCAGUGGUGCAAUCAAUUUAGACUUUGGAGAUUUGUUCGUUGGUCAAAAAGAGGAACUUGAUCUUCAUAUCCACAAUCUCAGUGAGAUUGACAUUCACUGGCAAGCCAGAUUCGAUGAUGCUGACAACAUGCUCGGAACCCCACCUGUAACUAUUUUGGAUGAUCAAGGCAACGUUAUUGAAGCUGUUACAUCAGGUGACGAUAUCGCCUAUAAACCAAAUGUGUUGAACGAGUUGACUACACGGCGAAUUCGAGUCAGCGUUGAACCGCAUGAGACUUGUCGUAAUUACGAGCAAGUGAUCACUUUUACCAAUUUACACAAUGCAAGCAACACUUUCCGUGUUGUUGUUCGUGCAAACAUGUUGGCCGAAGCGCGAGAUGACGCUUUGGCGAUUUUGUCUGGCAAUAUUCUUGACUUUGGUGAUUGUGCAGGUGGUCAUUGGACAAGGCAACUUUUGAUCCUCAAGAACAAUUGUGAACAAUUUUUGGAUGUGCACUUUGCCGUUGAGAAAGGUGUCGAAGCGGAUUUCCAGCUGGCAGAAUUAGCACAGAGAGGAGAUGAGGAUGACGAAGAACGGAUAUUCCAAGAAGAACCACCGCUGUUGUCAGAUAUGCAGAGCAUGGAAUCUUCUUCUAUUGGCACUUUUAGCGAAUCUGGAGGUAGUGAUGGAAGAAGCCGUAAUCGACGCUCCCCGAGUCUGUCUUCUGAAAACCUCUUGCAACACAAUGAAACUGCUGCUGCAAUUCAAGCUGCCGAAUCAGCUAGGACCCCAACUUCAUAUGCCCAAAAUCCUGAUAAGAAGGAUGAGCCUCCCUAUUUGGCGCUUUCCAGUCACGAAAAUAAGGAGAAAAAGAAUUGUCUGGGCGGUAAAGAUGGCAGUCUAGAUGAUGUUGAUGCUUCAUCGGUCGCAUCCCAAGCAGGAUCUGCUCCUGGUUCACCAACUCGUGCUGAACCAGUAAAGUUAUCGAACGAUAUUGUUUUAGAGCCUGCGCCGUCUUCUCAUCCAUACGUAAGCAAAUCAAGUGGCUCGACUUUGGGCGAAGUACAUUCAGAGGUCAAUAGUAGCAAUGAAGGUGGCGAUCGCAGAUUCCCUAGUCGCCCAUCAUCCAUGCUAUUCUCUACAAGGCCAAAUUCUUCUCGCGGACGUUUCAGCCAACCGCGAACGCAUGAUGGCAUCUUGGAUGAUGCAGCUUCUGUGAAGUCGGAUGUAACUGCAGUAUCGCAUGACAGCAGAAUUGGACCUUUCCUUUCUUCUGCUUCUCAUGCAAGUUCAUCGCACCAUCAUCCCAACAGUGGAGGUGGAACAGCUUUACGUGGCCUACGUGGAAAUGAGCAAGGUCAUGGCAAUCAGAUCGAAGAAUUGAUCUUGCGCCCUGGAGCUGAACAUCGUGUCAUCGUAUCUCAUCGUCCAACGCGCGGAGAGAUUGAUGAUGAAUACACAAAUGGGCGAUUGCAAGAGAAGACGUUCAACAUCAUGUUGGACUAUGCAAAAUUGAAAUCUUCCGGUGCGAAAUCGGGAGGUGGACGUGAAAGAAAGACGGUUUCUUGUAAGACAAGGACUUGCACUUCCUUUGUUACAAUCUCUCCAAAGGUGAUUGAUUUUGGAAUGGCAAAUGUUGGUACGCGUAAAUCGGCCAAUUUUGUCGUUCAAAAUCACUCCGAAUUGACAGCUCGUGUUGAUUUGAGAUUCGUCAGUAAGGUGAUCAGCAUGUACAGGGACGAGAUUGCUGUGCCACCUCUUCAGUCGAUCGAACUUCGCGUAGACUUCUUCCCACGACGUGUGAACGAAAGCUAUCGCAAGCAAGUGACCGUUGCAAACCUGUUGAAUAGAUCCAAUGAUCAAAUUCUCGAAGUUCGCAGUAGCAAUGUUGAUGAACAAAGGAUCAGCUUCCACAGUCUGUUUUACCGUAUUCUUACGUCAACGGGCAGCAAUUUCAUCGACUUUGGUGACGUAAAUAUCAAUUGUACUCGUGUUCGAACGUUUGGCAUAGAGAAUGUGAGCAGUGCUCCCCUCUCGCUCGAAUUGAGCGCAGCCAAUACUGAGGAUUUGAAAUUGUACAUCAAGUCCGAUCGCCAAAAAGCCACAUCCGACUCUCCCAGAAAAGCUUCUCGCAGCAAAAGUAAACAACAAGCAGAAGCAGCAGAAGGGACGGGCAAGCAAAACGAGAACGUUCAGAACGACAAAUCCGAGUCUACCACUGUUGCGACAACAAAAGAGAAGGAGUCAUAUGCGGAUUCAGCACACAAUAAGUCUUCAAAAAGGACUGCUCAUCUGAAAGAACGUUUCCUGGAGUCGAUGAGUCAGGAUGUACCUGCAAGCGUUCGAAACGAGAACAGUUCAUGGCGUAUCGCUCAGAAGCAGAGUCACUUUUCCAAAAAGGGUAAUGGGACAGCGAAAAAUGGAGAAAAGGCUGACAAGAAAGAUGUUGUGAAAAAGACAAAUAUCAAUAUGGUCGCAGCCAUGAAGAAAGGCGGUAAAGGUAGACUUGUACAAAAGUACGGCAAAUCCAUGACAUUCAAGGAUAGAACAAUUUUGAGCAACUUCGAGCAUCUCGAUUUAGCCACUGGGCCUCCUGUUGACGGCAAACGAAUCCCAGCAAAGAGCAAGAAAUGGCAAACGUUAGACUCGCUCGAAACAGUUCGCACAACUGCGUCAUCAAAGAGGAAAGCCACUGCAACCUCUACCGGAGCAGAUUCGGCAAACACAAAGGCUACGAAGGAAGGUACUGAUGAGGACAAUGCUUCUGCUUCGCAUGCACCUGACUCGAUGCAUUCCACACCGUUAACACCAGCAAGACGUUUGCCGGCUGCCUUGGCAAAUGAUAUUAAACAAGCUGGCUCGCAGCAAUUGGCAGCAGAAGAAGCUACACGUAAUCAAUCGCCUGCAUUGACUGGUAAGCGGAAGGUUGCACCUAUGCUGCACGAUGCGAUUGAUGUUUCCAAAUUGUCUCUCGAUGAAUUGUUGGCUGCUGUUGAAGGCCAGAGUAGCAGCUUGAGCACUUUCUUCUUUGGUAAUUCUCGAGCAGAGGAGCAAUCGGUCAGGACAGAGGUGAAUCUGCAGCGUGAGCUAAAGAAUGCAAUCACAGAAGGCAGACUUCUGCCGGUAGACCUGCUCGCACUGCAGCCGGGAGAAGAGAAGCAAGUGGUUGCAAUUUAUACACCGAAUGGAAGCACAAGACCUCACAUUCAAGGGAAUGCUCGCAAGCAAGAUUCAAGAAUCUUUAUCAGGCUUGCCGAUUUCAGUGCUGAUCGUUUGGCUUCAGCAGCAGCUUCUAGUACUUCCGCUGAGAAUCAAUUUUCCGACUUGCUCAAACUUGAUCGGGAAGAAUUGCCGAUCCGUGAUUUAAUUGUGAAGAGCAAUCUUUGUCGCUCCCUUUUAGAGUUGAGCCAACCGCACAUCAAUUUUGGAUACGUACAAAAAGGAGAAACGAAAACCCGUAAGAUCGUUAUUCAGAAUCGGAGCGAAUGGGCUCUACGAUACUGCAUUCGCAAAAGUGGUAGUAUUGCCAGUGGCGAUAUCAAGCUGAAAAGUGCAGAUCGGUAUGGAGUCGUUCCCGGUCACGGUAAACGUGAGGUUGAAUUCGUCUUCUGCCCGAGUCUCACGGGCGCUUUCCAAGAAAAGCUUAUUGUUGAAAAUGUGGCAGAUCGUGAUCGAGACGAGACCGUAUUGAUCAAAGCAAACGUCACUCGUGUUUCCAACUUUUCCGUAGAGCCUACAUCGGUCACCUUUGGUUCUCAAGACAAUGAUGGCAAGCCUCUAGCGAUUGGCACUUUGACUAAUCCCGCCCAAAGCUUUGCCAUCAGCAAUCUAAGCAACAAGUCCAGAUCAUUUGUCUUGCGUGCAGACAAGGAUGAUCUGAAGUAUGGAGCUUAUCAUGUCGAGGUGAUCGUCAGCACAUCCAACGCACAAGAAGAUGGUAUGAAAGCCAAUCUGACAAAAGCAGAAGAGGAAGAAGUUGAACACAUCAGUCAAAAGCUCAAGAUUGCCACACGUAAAGGUCAUACGGACAAAGUGCAAAAGUAUGAGACGCGAUUGACGGAAUUGGGUGUACCGAUUCCCAAAUCUACCACGAAUGAUCAACCAUCCAAGGAGAAUGAACAAGGAUCAUCUCAUUUGAAAGAGGAGCCUUUACAGCUCGACGGAGGAGAAAGUGCGAUCAAUUCAGUCUCUUUGGCUGCCUUGACGCACGUCGUGCCCAGUGUGACGAUCAACUUACCUGCACAACAGAGCAAACGGUUGUUGGUUCGAAUCAGGCCAUCUUGCGUUCUCAAACCAGAUGCAGAACAUCACUACCAUCUUCAACCUCUUGAUCUUCGAAUCCCGAUCCAAGUUCAUGAGGUGAAGAACAUUGAUGAGGUUCAAGUGGUGGAAUUACGUGCAAGAGUACAAGCAAGCGCAGAGGUUCUUGCAUCUUCGAACAAAGUCUCCGAACCAAUACUAUUGCCAAGCAAGGAAGAAGGUUUGGCGAUCUUCAGUUCUCAAGUUUCUGAAGUACCAUCAGCCGAAGACACUACGUCAUCUGACCCUUCCCCAUCUCAAAGUCAAGACGUCGUUAAUGAAGCGGAAAAAUCGACAAUUUGA